GGCGGUGCUGGGUAGAGGGGUAGGGGGGUGUCGCCCCCUUCCCGGCCGCCUCCCUCCGCCGAACUCCUCGCGGAGGAGCGCGGAGCAACGCGGAGCGGCCCCGGCCAUGGGGCUGCGUGCUGCCGAGCUCAUCGGCUGCUGCUGCCUGCUGCCACUCGUUCUCCCCGCAGCCCCAGGCGUGAACUGUAAAACUGGCUGCCACCCAGAGAAUGGAUUUUGUGAAUAUCCAAGUGAAUGCAGGUGUCAACCUGGUUGGCAGGGUGCUUUUUGUGAUCAGUGUGUUCCUUUUCCUGGGUGUUUGCAUGGCAGCUGUUCCAAGCCUUGGCAGUGUAUCUGUGAGGAGGGCUGGGUUGGCAGCCUCUGUGACACAGAUAUUCACCCAUGUUCUGCAAAGCCCUGCACCAAUAACUCAACAUGCAUAGAGACAGGUGAUGGAGGAUAUAUUUGUCUGUGUGCCCAGGGAUUUACAGGAAAAAACUGCCAUCUCAAGAAAGGACCCUGCAUUAUUAAUGGCUCUCCCUGCCAGAAUGGAGGAACAUGCAUUGAUGACAAUGGUUUUGCACCACAUGCUUCCUGCCUGUGCCCUUCUGGUUUUGCUGGCAACUUCUGUGAAAUAGAUCGGGAUGACUGUGAAUCCAACCCCUGUGAAAAUGGGGGAACAUGUACAGAUAUUGGUGCGAAUUUCAGCUGUUUUUGCCCCCAUGGCUAUACAGGAAAGCUCUGCAGCAGCCGUAUCAUAUUCUGUGCAAGUGGCCCAUGUGAGAAUGGGGGGACAUGCCACGAACAUCCCCAAGGAGGAUUUGAAUGCAUCUGUAAACCAGAAUUUUUUGGUGAGACCUGCAAGCAGCCCAGGAAAAACAUGAGCCUCUCUGAAGUGAAUAUGGAGACAAAGCAUAUGCAGAAUUACAAGCCUCCCCUAAAAGCUCAUCACAGAUCAGCCCAUCAUCAGCAAGAAAUCCUGAAAAUAACAGUGAAAGAAACGAUCCAAAAUGCAGAUCCCUUGCUCAGUAGAAGCCAAGUGAUAUGUUUUAUUGUACUGGGCUUGCUGACAUGCCUUGUUGUGUUGGGUACAACUGGGAUUGUUUUUUUUUCAAAGUGUGAAAUGUGGCUUGCUAAUGCCAAAUACAGUCAUCUCCUACGCAAGAAAAAGAACUUUUUUCUCAAAUCUAACAAUGGGGAAAACCUCUCAGUUAAUAUUAUAUUCCCAGAGAAGAUCAAACUGACUAAUUACACUAAGAACUACACUGCCAUCUAG